CGACAUCCUAUUAUUUUAAAAUCUGAUCAUGUAUUGACAAAACUUUUAUUUCAAAAUGAACACGAGCGUCUUUUACACGCUGGACCCCAACAAGUUCUAGCUUCAAUUAGAGACCGCUAUUGGCCUCUCGGUGGCCGCAACUUAGCAAGAAAGGUAGCUCGUAACUGUCUAGUUUGUCGUCGUUUUAAAGGUACGACGAUGAGUAACAUAAUGGGCGAUAUGCCUAACGAAAGAGUAGACCCAGGUUUUCCAUUUCAUACCGUUGGUACUGAUUUCGCUGGACCGUUCUUGAUCAGUGAUCGAAAGGGCCGGGGAUGUAAAAUAACAAAAUGUUAUUUGUGUAUUUUUAUAUGCUUUCGUUACAAAUGCGUUCACUUGGAAGCCGUAAGCGAAUUAAGUAAAGAUGCCUUUAUUUUAACACUAAAACGAUUUAUAGCUCGCAGAGGUUUGCCUAAAUUAAUUUACUGUGACAACGGUAGGAAUUUCGUUGCCGCGUCUAAAGAAAUUUCAUCUUUUUUACAGUCAAAUAUUGACGCUAUUUAUGAUUAUGCAGCUCUUCGAGGUAUCGAUUUUAAAUUCUCACCUGCUUACGCUCCUCACUUCAACGGUUUAGCCGAGGCUGGAGUAAAAUCCGCUAAAUUUCAUAUUCGUAGGGUCUUAGGAAAUAGUCAUUUAACCUUUGAGGAGCUGACUUCUUUGUUUGCUCAAAUCGAGGCCAUCCUAAACAGCCGACCCUUGUGUCCCCUCAGUCCCUCGCCUAAUGAUUUUCAACCUCUCACCCCGGCACACUUUUUGAUUGGCAGGCCGCUUACAUCACUACCGUCACCGAGCUUCCUUGACUGCAACACCAAUCGACUCGACAGGUUUCAAUACCUAGAGCAGAUUAGACAACAUUUCUGGAAACGUUGGGCUAACGAAUACAUUGCGGAAUUGCAACAACGUUCAAAGUGGCGUACUCAAUCAAGACACUUGAAGAUCGACGAUCUUGUCCUUGUAAAGGAGGACAAUACACCUCCAUUAUGUUGGCGCCUCGGUCGCGUCAACAGGUUGUAUCCUGGCCCUGAUGAUGUCCCUCGUGUCGCUGACGUCGUGACUUCUCAUGGAACCGUUCGAAGAGCACUCAAUCGCCUAUGCCUUCUUCCCUCCCCGGAAGAAGACCUAUCUUGAAGGAUGUCUCCUUCAAGGCCCCGGAGGAUGUCUGCGCCAAACUUCACGCACCUGGCGGAGCGGCGCGGGAACGUCAUUCAAUUACUCAUUCUUGUCAUUCUACUCAUUCUAUUCAUUCCAUUCAUUCUCGCACUCACGCGCCAACAUGUAACACUACCUUUCAAUAAAAUC